ACCUCAGUCGAAGAAGACAUAGAUCGCGAAGUGGAGAAAGUAAAGUCUGCGUGGCUAGAGUUACGAGGAGAAAAAGAUUGGACGAAGGGUAAGGAUCGCACUGACAAUGUCCAAACGAAAAAAGUAUACGAGACACUAGAGAAGAUGAUGUGCGAGUUAGACAGAGUUCAGAGAAAUUACAUGGAUCCCAAGGCGAAUCGUUACUUGCACAAAAGCGCGAAUAAUGUUCUCAAAAUGAGCAAGCCAAGAUUACAAGAAGAAGCUGAAAUUAUAAGAAACUUAAUCUUUCCCGACAAAAAAGCGAGGACUAAAUCAGCAUCUAUUCUGAGAAACAAAGAUAGUAAAACAAUUGAUAAAGAUAUGGCAAGGUUACGAUUCGACGAAGGUGUGGAAAAUAUUUUAACAGAUAAACAAUUAAAUAAGAAUUUUCUGUCAUCGAACUCUGCGAAAAAGCAGUCUAUACACACUGAAGCGCACGAGUACAACAUCCUCGAUGAUAAAAGAUCAAUCCAUAUAAUUGAAUCAAAUAAGAAACAAGAUACAACUAUGAUGAAGCCAAAGUUUAUAGAUGAAAAUAGAAUAAGAGCAAAGAUAAGAUCUUCUAUCGAGGAGUAUCUACAACAUCACACUGAUAAUAUUUAUAAAUCAUACAACAUCGAAGCGAAAAAGGAAGAAUAUUCUCAAAAUAAACCACCAUCUAUAAGGGAUAUUGAAAAUAUUCUAGCGAGUCAUAAUAUUGAACCGAACAUGUUGUAUGAAAAUUUCGAAAGACACAGCGACGACUACGAUUCGGAAAAUUACGCAAGCGAAGACGAUGCAUAUCGCUCUUACUCAAAUACUGUAACUAACGCCACACAAAUGACAUCCGUUGAUUCUGUCGAAGAAAAUAGAAAAAUUCAUGAUAUGUCCCUCGAGAAUAUGGAAUUAUAUAAUGAUACACGACCGAGGAAAGCGAAAUCUUUCAAAAUUCGGAGACACUCAAGCGCAACAAAUUUCCAAGAUAACGCCUUCAUUAAAAUGGGAUUAAACGAAAAUUUAUCGAGAGACACGCUGUCGCAAAUAUUGCAGUCGGAAUACUUGAGAAAGGACUUAUCUUUAUAA